AUGAAGAAAAAAAGAAAAACUUAUCAAAUUCAACAAAAACUGGAAGUUAUUGAUUUCAAGAAGAAUAAUCCUGCUGUUACUCAAGAAAAAUUGGCUCAGCGGUUUAAUAUGCCUAUUGGAGUGAUCAAUUCAACGUUGACGAAAAUGCAAUUGUAUGGAUCAAGGCGUCACAAACAAAAAAAGAAUAUUACAUUUAAAAGUUGUACUGAUAAGAUAUAUGAACCACUAUAUGCAUGGAUUCAGAACAAACGUUUCUGUAAUCACACCAUAACUAAUGAAAUGGUACGCGAAAUGGCACUCAAAAUUGCUCAACGAUUUUAUAUUGAAAAUUUCAAAGCAUCUCAUCCAUGGAUUUCACGCUUUAAGGAAGAGUAUAAAAUAAAAACACUCACGAUUUCUGGAGAAGAACAAUUAGUUGAUCCCGUUUUGCUUAUAGAUUCAUAUGAACGCUUUGCAGCCAUGUUAAAAAAAUAUGGAUCGAAAAAUUUUUACAACUGCGAUGAAACUGCCCUUUUUUUCAAAUGUACUCCAAAAAAACAUUAG